CACCAUUCCAGAAGCUUCACAAGACUGCAUAUAUAAGGGCCUGGCUGUAGCAGCAGCUGAAGGAGCUGACCCGCCAGCCGAUCCCCUACAUCCACCUAGACACCAUGGACAUCGCUAUCCACCACCCCUGGAUCCGCCGCCCCUUCUUUCCUUUUCACUCCCCCAGCCGCCUCUUUGACCAGUUCUUCGGGGAGCACCUGUUGGAGUCUGACCUUUUUCCAACUUCCACUUCCCUGAGCCCUUUCUACCUUCGGCCGCCUUCCUUCCUGCGGAUGCCCAGCUGGGCUGACACUGGACUCUCAGAGAUGCGCAUGGAAAAGGACAGGUUCUCUGUCAACCUGGAUGUGAAGCAUUUCUCCCCAGAGGAGCUCAAGGUGAAGGUGCUGGGAGAUGUGAUCGAGGUGCACGGCAAGCAUGAGGAGCGCCAGGAUGAACACGGUUUCAUCUCCAGGGAGUUCCACAGGAAAUACCGGAUCCCAGCUGAUGUGGACCCUCUCACCAUUACUUCCUCCCUGUCGUCUGAUGGGGUCCUGACUGUGAAUGGACCAAGGAAACAGGUCUCUGUCCCUGAGCGCACCAUUCCCAUCACUCGUGAGGAGAAGCCUGCUGUCACCGCAGCCCCCAAGAAGUAGAUGCCCUUUCUCUAAUUGCAUUUUUUAAAACAAGAAAGUUUCCCCACCAGUGAAUAAAAAUGUGACUAGUGCUGAAGCUUAUUAAUGCUAAGGGCAGGCCCAAAUUAUUAAGCUAAUAAAAUAUCAUUCAGCAACAGAUAA